AUGUACGAAACAUUUGAAAGUAAUCAAGGUCCAGCCGAUGGAGCAGCUGCUAACACAAACCAACCGAGCAGCCCUUUGAAGGUCACAGUGAAGAUUAUCAAAGAUCCACUCCUGGACUACGGUUUUAUGGUCUCAGAAGAUUCACCAGUAUGUGUGAAGUUUGUCACUGCAGGUGGUCCUGGAGAGGGAAAGCUAUUCCCAGGUGACCAGAUUUUACAAAUUAACGACAUGCCUCUGGAUACAAUUUCCCAGGAAUGUAUCGAUAACAUUAUUAGGGAAUGUGGUGACACUGUUACAGUGACUGUCCUGCGAAAUACCCCUGGGCCCAAGUCAUCAUUUAUUACUGAAGAAAAGCGAGCCAGAUUGAAAAGCAACCCAGUCAAAGUACACUUUGCUGAGGAAGUGAUCGUCAAUGGCCAAGUACAGGGUAACUCGCUACUCUUAAUGCCCGGUAUUCUCAAGGUGUAUUUGGAAAAUGGACAGACCAAGGCCUUUCGAUUUGAGAAAAAUACAACAGUGAAGGAUAUCAUCCUCAGCUUGAAGUCAAAGUUAUCCAUCCGUUGUAUUGAGCAUUUUGCUCUGGUUUUGAAGGAACGAUACACUAUCAACAAGAUCUAUAUCUUACAUGAUGAUGAACUCAUUGAGCAGGUGGUCCAGAAGCGAGAGCCCCGUGAUUAUAGGUGUCUCUUCAGGGUUUGUUUCCUGCCAAGAGAUCCACUUGUACUUUUACAAGAUGAUCCAGUUACUUUUGAAUACCUCUACUCACAGAGUUGCAAUGAUGUGCUGCUGGAGAGGUUUGCGAUGGAGAUGAAAUACAGCACUGCUAUCCAUCUCGCAGCACUGCAAAUUCAGGAAUGCAUCCUCAGCUCCAACCAUUCUGAGAAAGUCUCCAUGAAGUACAUUGAGAUGAAUUGGGGAAUUGAGAAUUUUGUCUCAUCAACUGUACUUGACAACAUGAAAGAGAAAGAUAUCAGAAAGGCCAUUAACUAUCACCUUAAGAACAAUCAUAGUUUGAUUGCACCAGGACAAAAGCAACUGAUAUCCACGGCACAAGUCCGGCUGAAUUACCUGAACAUACUGAGUGAUCUUCGAGCAUAUGGAGGGAAAACCUUUAACGCAACCCUUCUGCUGCAGGACAGCGAAUCAUUUAUCACAUUGUUGGUCGGAGCCAAAUAUGGUAUCAGCGAAGUUGUUAACAGCAAACUCAAUAUUAUAAACCAGUUAACAGACUUCAACAACAUCCAGAAGUUGGAAUUGACUUUUGAGUAUGAGAAGAUCAGCGUGGUGAACAUCUACCUGGUGGAUGUGAAGUCUCUGACGUUGGUACUGGAAACUCGUCAUGCUAAAGACCUUGUGUGUUUGAUUGCUGGAUAUCAUAGGCUAUAUGUGAACUCAACAGACUCCAUAUUCAUCUGGCCUGGCAACUAUCAAAGUCAGACAACUGAAGAAGGUGACGAGGCCCAAAGAUUAAGUGAUUCAGAGUCAUCAUCAGACAUUGAGUCUAUAGAUAUCCACAAAUUGAGAAAUGGAUUCAUAGGGCCUCUGACUGAAGAAAAUGAGGACAUUGAGAACUCGGAAAGUGAGGCUACAGACAGUGACUGCUUACGGGAGAAUAUCCAGGAAGAGACCAGUUGCAGCACAGGGGAUGUGUCUGAUCUGAAUGAUGAAGCAACAUGUCAGGGAGGACACUUUUGUGAUAGAAGCUGUUCUGCUGACUCUAUGGAUGAACUGCAAACGGAGACUUCAGCUCCACACUCACAUGGUGAGAUUUCUGAAGAUGAUGACAAAGAUUCUAACACUGAAGAGAGUGAUGGUGAGCCAGUUACAAAGAAGCACUGUACCAUGGAAUUGAAAGACAGUUUUGAACAACCUUCAACAGACUCCUUAGCCUCUACUUCGACCCUUUCUAAAUGCUUUGCAUGUUUUACAAAGGUGGUUUGCUCUAUUCCUGACCUCAGCCAAAGUGAGAACCCAUGCACUGCAGAAGUUUGCAACCAGUGCCCCAGGAACGAGGACGACAGUUAUGCAGAAGGGGACAAGUCUUGGAAUUUGACAAGUCAUGGCCUGCUCACUGAGUUACCACCUGCUAUUGAUGGGGACUUAUACAGUGAGGUCCUCACUAUCCCGAUUCUGGCUCCUCCCCCUGACGAAUUUUUCGAUGCAGCUGAAAAGGUUACUCAUGUGGAAGGUUCAGGUGACAUCAAAUUCAGAGGAACUGAAGCAGAGUUGGAGUCUGCUAAAAUUAAGGGGAUUGAAGCAAAACAAAAUGUGCAGAUAAGUCCAAGUCUUUUUGGCACAGGACUGGACAUCAAAACUGUUGAAUGCAUCAAAGGUAAACCAGAAGAAAUAAAAUACACAACCACAGGAAAAAGACAUUUUGCACCUGAUGACGUAUAUGAUGUAAAAGCUGUUCAAUUGCAGAGUCAUUCAAACAAACAUGGAGAUCGUAUGCGUUGUAAUGAAAAGAAACAUGUUAAGACAAAAAUGCAUCGAUGGAAUACUCUUUCUUCUUUGACAAGUAUCGAAAAUGAACCUGCCUUGUUGGAAACUAAGCCUAUUGGUCCAUUAACAUCCAUUUCCACCUGUGCCAAUGAAAAGGUCCAAUCAGAUUUAAUGGAAAUGGUGCCAGAUACCAUGGAAACAAAGUCAGUCACAGAAACAAUACCAGUCAUUACUCCAGUUUCAGUCAGACGUUACCCAUGUGAUUCAGGCAUGAGAGAGGAAUGUGCUUCUCAUACAGAGACUACAGCAGGAGAAAAAUUAAACAUUUCUCUUAAAGCUCAGCUGCCUGGAGAAGAUCUGACAGCACUGACAGAAAACUCAGUUCUGGAAGAGGAAAUCUCCAGCAGGAGGAACUCAUCUAAGACAGACAAAAAAAGCAAAGAUGCUUACUCCCUUGACAUAUCCAGGUUACGUCUGAAUUUAAACCGAGUCUCCUUUAAGACAUUCGGCAUGUUUAAACAUUUAAAAUCACCACACUUAGAACCAAAGAUUGAAACUUGCGCAGUGAGGUCCCUUAACAUUUCUGAGUGCAACACGGAGCCUGCAGAAGACAGCUCGAAAGAUGACUUAUCAAAAACAGAACAGAUCUCUAACCAGACUGAGGCAAGUAUAACUGAGAUCAGUACAUCGAUAAUUUGCCCUCAAGAUAGAAACCUUCCUCAGGAAAUAUCUUCACUGACAAAUACACCAAGGCAGCUUUAUGAAGUAGACAACUCAACCAUUCAGGAAUCUGCAACUGCAACUCAGCAAAAUGAAUGUCCCUCCACCAAACUGAGCUGUCUCCAACAAAUAAAAAAUAAACACAGUUUGAAUGUUGACUCCAGAGUUCAAGCUAUCCUCACAACUGACUUGGAUAAGGAAAUAGAUGAACAGCUCCCAAUAAGUGAUAAGGACACGUGUAGCUGUAAGAUAGUACAUGGGAAUCGUUUUCGAGCACAGGGUACUGAUGUUAAUGACGAAAGCAAAGAUUUAGCAUAUUCCAUACGGCAGUGUUCACCAAAGACCACCCCACCUGAUUCAGAAAACCACCUCUCUCAAUACCUCACCACAUUUACUGGGCAAAGUGAGAAAUUCAUGCUUACCAGUUGCUCCUUUGAUUUUCCUAAAACUGAUCUUACACCAAAGCUUGAAGGCUCCAUUCUGUCACAAUUCAAGGCUGAAAGAUAUAGCAUGCCGAAUGGGUUCCAUCUGAUACGGAACAAUAUCAUGGAGCUACUCAAUGUGCUGAAAGAAUUCCCCAGAGAAAGUCAUAUUGAGGAAGAAUGUGCAAUACUUACUUCAUCAAUAAAGGAGAAAUUAUAUAUUGAAAGUGGAAAACUGAUGUCUGCUGGCCAGAAGGGCAUUAAAGUAGACCAGGCUCCUGUGGAGAUGCUCCUGGGAGUUUCUGAAAGUUUCCAGGCCCUCAUACAGCUAACAGCAACAUGUCUCCAGUUCACGACCUGCAUGCAUUGCGCAGAACGUCAUGCCGAAGUGGUCAAUAACUUAAAAGACGUUUCUUUGACUUAUAAAACCUUUGUGAAAAUCUCUCAGGAUGCAUGCAGCAGGAAGUGUGAUGACUUAAGAAUGAAACUCCUGGCCAAGUGUAAUGCACUGACUGCUGAUGUUUUCUGCCUGACGCAGUCAUUCAAAUAA